AUGUCGGUCAAGAAUGAGAAAGGCAGCAAUGCCACCACCGGUGUGGACGUACCGAAGUCUUCUGGCGAUGACUUACCACAGCCAGCCAGUCAUGAGCCCCAAGAAGAUGACAUUGAGAAGCCGCCCUUCCUUUUUACCUCACAAGCUUCCAAUGGGUCCGAAGAGGCCUUCGACAAUGACGAUCCUCGACUCAAGGACAUACCCGCUUACGUUCGCCGGGUGGUCAGUUUCACUGACGAUCCAGAGCUCCCCACUCUAACCUUCCGUUACUUCGUACUCACGAUACUGUUCGUGAUACCCGGGGCAUUUCUCAGUAUGAUGAGCCACUAUCGCACUACCUACGCUCCGUACUCCGUCUUCUUUGUGCAAAUCGCAUCGAGCUAUGCUGGGGUUUGGUUGCACCAAAUUCUGCCUGCAUGGAACAUCAAAGUUCCAUUUACCCCUUGGAGUUUUAAUCUGAACCCAGGACCGUUCAGUGUCAAGGAGCAUGUCCUCAUUACCAUCUCAGCGGCUUCAGGUGCCACCUAUAACCUAGGAUAUACCCCCGUGUCAAUGGCUGAACUGUACUUUGGUCAGAGAAUAAACCCAGCUGUUGCCAUAUUCUUCAUGUGGGGGAUUGUUUGGACGGGAUAUAGUUUUGCAGCUCUCGGCAGGCAAUUUCUAAUCUACGAUCCUCAAUACCCCUGGUUUACAUCAUUGUGCCAGACUGCUCUCUUUGAAACACAGAAGAAGCAACGCCAAAAUCCAACUGCCUUAUCUCGCCGGCAAACGAAGAUAUUUUUCAUUGCUCUACUCGCUAUGACAUUAUGGCAGUUCCUUCCCGAGUUCGUGUUUCCGAUGCUUGGCUCACUCGCAUUUCUUUGCUGGGUGGCUCCAAACAACGCGGUUGCGAAUUUUGUUGGCGGAGGCUUUGGCGGCAUGGGAUUCCUCAAUCUUUCCCUGGAUUGGUCGAGCAUAUCCAAUCUCAACGGUACUACCAGCUUGUUCCUCACACCUUGGUGGACACAGGUCUGUAUAUUCUUUGGGUUUGUCACUAGCUGUUGGAUUCUGCUACCAGCGGCAAAGUUCGGGGGCCUAGGGCAGUGGCAUCACAAGCUCAUGUCAAACCGUUUAUUUCUUGUCGUAUCGAUGGACUUUAUCACUAAUGAUACGACAGAGAAUGGGACGACCUAUCCGAUCAACGACGUCCUUACUUCUGACGCUAAAUUCAACGAGACUGCAUACGCGGAGAUUGGUGUGCCGUACGUUAGUACCCACGUUCUCUGGUCUAUGUUCUUUGACUACGCCUCCUAUACAUCUGCGAUCUCCUGGAUGGCAAUAUUUGGCUACAAGCAAAUCAGCAGCAGUUUGUCCAAGUUUCGUGAGAGAGCUACUAAGAAGGGCGCGAAAAUCAGCGAGCAGUACGACGAUCAGCUGAGCAUUCUGCAGCGUUCUUACGACGAAGUCCCCUUCCUGUGGUUUGCCAUUCUAUUUGGUAUCUCAUUUAUUGCACUGGUCACAAUUGUAGCCACGGGAAACCUCUACAUCCCAAUCUGGACAUAUUUUGUAGCCGUUGGGACGGGAGCUGUUGUUGUCGUUCCUCUCGGUUGGUUGUACGCACUGUCUAAUUUUCAGCUACCGAUUGGCACUACCAACGAGCUGCUUUAUGGUUUGAUGGUCAACGCUGUAAACGGGCACAAGAACCCAACGGGCGCCUCCGUUUAUGGCAGCAUUGCUGGUAAUGCUUGGUACAGAGCGCAGCUGAAUCUUCAGGACAUGAAGAUCGGGCAUUAUAUGCAUAUCCCUCCCAAGGCGGUAUUUUUCUCCCAGGUAUUUGGAUCUUUUCUGGGUAUCCCGAUUAAUUAUGCCGUGAUACGAUGGGUACUCGACACGAAGUUUGACUACCUGACGGGCGAGAAGGAGGAUCCUACUCAUCAAUGGACGGCACAGAGCUUGGCCUCCAACUUGACAAUGAGCGUCCAGUAUGUGCUUAUUGGGCCCCGCCGCCUAUUUCAAACACACAUCUACAAAAUUAUCCCUUACGGCUUCCUCGUGGGAGCCGUAGCCCCGGUCAUAUUCUUUAUCUUGAACCGCUACUUCCCUCGGGCUAAGUUCCGUCUUUGGAAUACGACCAUCUACUUUUCCGCUUUGUCUACGUUCUACGGGAACAUUAGUACGGGCUACUUUAGUAGUUUUGUGGGUGGCUUCGUGGUCAUGUUUUGGGCCUACCGCUACCGCUACGAGAUGUGGGCGAGGUGGAACUAUAUCCUGGCUGCAGCUUUUGACGCCGGUUUCAACUUCAAUAUGCUCCUCAUAUUCUUGUUCUUUGGUGCUGGUAAGAUCAUCAACAUGCCGCAUUGGUGGGGAAACGAGGAGGCAAGCAGUGAGAGGUGUUUUGCCUUGGAGUGA